AUGUGGAAUAACGACGAAAAAACCACGAAACCGCGACGGCUGCGCUGCUGCGGGUGGGGCCGAACGCCGCCGGUUGAGUGCGGGCACCGAGGAGCCGCCGCGACUCGGAGCCGCCCCGCGAGCAGCCCCGGUGCCGGCAGCGCCCCGCGCGCCGCUCCGUGCCCGCGGCCGUCCGCCGCCCCGCUCCCCGUCGGGCCGGCAGCCCCCAGCGGAGCGCGGCGCGGCGCGGCGGGUCGGGAAGCGCCCGGCCACCCCGGAGCCGCCGGGAGCUCGGCCCGGGUGCGGGGCGCGGGCGGGGCCGGCAGGGAGGGCGGCGACCCCCGGGGCCGCGCGGCUCUGAGGAGCUUGGCCGGGAGAGACGCGGCGCUGCGGGAGCGGGGGGUGGCGCGUCCGUUCGUGCUCGGGGCGGCGGCGGCACCGCGCGCGCGGGGCGGAGGGGCGGGCGGUGUCCGGAACGGGACGGGGUCCGCGGGAGCGCGGCGCGGGGCGGGCGGCCCCGGGGGGCUGCGGGUGCCCCCCGGACGACGCCUCACGCCUCGUCGCUCCCCCGCAGAGCCCCUCCCGCCGCCGUUGCUGCCGAAGGGCCGCGGGGCGCGGGACAACGGAGGGCCGCCGGAGCUGCGGCUGCUGCUCGUCGGGAAGAGCGGCGGCGGCAGGAGCGCGACCGGGAACAGCAUCCUGGGGCGGGCGGCCUUCGAGUCGCGGCUGUCCACGCGCGCGGUGACGCAGAGGAGCGAGCGGCAGAGCGGCUCGUGGAGGGGAUACGGCGUGCACGUGGUGGACACGCCCGACGCCUUCGACUCGCCGGAGCGCAGCGCGCAGUGCCGCCGCGAGAUCGCCCGCUGCGCGCUGCUGUCGGCGCCGGGGCCGCACGCUCUGCUGCUGGUAACGCAGUUGGGCCGCUUCACGCAGGAGGACGAGGCGGCCGUCCGGCAAGUGUGGCGGCUGUUCGGGCGCGGCGCCGCCGAGCGCACCGUCGUGGUCUUCACGCGCGGGGACGAGCUGAGGGGCGGCUCCCUGCGGCGGCACGUGGAGGACACCGGCACCGCCGCGCUGCGGGAGCUGCUGCGGGACUGCGGGGGACGGUGCUGCGCCUUCGACAAUCGGGCGGCCGGGGCGGCGGUGGAGGAGCGGGUCGGGGAGCUGCUGGAGACCGUGGUGCGAGUGCUGGGGGGAGACCUGAGCGCCCACUACCGGAACGAGCUCUACGACCGCGCCGCGCGGCUCCUGGAGCGCUCGGACGUCGACUUCGAGAAGAAAUGCGAUCUCCUGGCCGAGGACGUGGAGCGGCGGCUGCAGGGGCGGUGGCACACGCGGCUUCUGGAGCGGCUGCGGUUCAUCCCGGCCGUGCAGUGGCUGCGCGGCACGCGGUGUGCGUGGCGCGUGUGCUUCUGCUGCCGCUGCGUCCUUGCAGCACUGCUGGUCCUCGGGCGCACCCUGCGCCGUGUGCUCUCGCGGGGCUGGCAGAGCGUUAUCCGGCUGUACCACCGCUUUGUGCAUUACACGGUGGGUUUGCAACCUCGUGCAGCCUCGUGCACGCGGCACAUGGGCUUUGUGGGAGGCCGUGGCCUCGGGGGUAUCCUGAGCUGCCUCCCAUCUCCCCACUCUGAGAGCUCACAGAGCGAGGCUGAGGGCGGAUGGGGCCGAGCGAGCCCUGUGUGCCUGCUGGCAGCCGGCUCCAGCCCGUGCCCCGUCCCGUCCCCGCAGGGCACAGCGGUGGCUCAGGGACACCUUUCCUUGUGGCCCCGGGCACCUCUGCCUGGGAGCUGGCGUGUGGCGAGCAGAGGGUGCCCCGGCACCGUGGGGCUCACACACGUCUCUGCUUGUUCUCCAGGAUCUAAGCUGAGCAUCAUCCUGGUGGGCAAGACAGGGAAUGGGAAGAGUGCGACAGGAAACACCAUCCUUGGAAGGGAAGCAUUUAUUUCUACACUGUCAGCAGAGUCGGUAACCCGAGAGUAUGAAAAAGAAGAAGGCCACUUCAGUGGUAGAUCAAUUGAAGUUGUCGACACUCCUGGCCUUUUUGACACUAAGGAAGUCAAUGAGAAAACAGCUGAAAAGAUUAAGAAUGCCUUUAAGAAACUCUAUGCAGGGGUCCAUGCCAUAAUCCUGGUGAUGCAGCUGGCCCGAAUCAGUAAGGAAGAGCAGGAAGUGGCUAAGUUGGUUACCGACAUUUUCCAUACUAAAGCAGAGAGAUACACAAUCCUCUUAUUCACCCGAGUAGACGAGCUGAAGGAUCCAAAAGGUCUGAAGGGCUUCAUAGAACAGAGCCCAUACCUCAAGGAGCUGGCAGCAAAGUGUGGAAAUCGGUACAUUGGUUUCAGCAAUGGAGUCACCGGAGAUGCGAGAGAUCGGCAGGUUACAGAGCUCAUCAACAUGAUUGACACCAUGGUAGAGCAGAAUCGCAGUGCUCCACGUUACACACAGGAAAUGAUGGAUGAAGACACACGGACAUUCCGUGAAAAGUUUUGUACCAUCCUGUAGGCAGCAAGGGGUCAGUCCCAGAGCAGACACCUGCUCUGCCAUGCCAUUUCUGCUGUCUCAACACAGCAAUGUGGGGCAUGGUGUGUGGUGAUGGGCCUGAGGGAGCUGUCAAUAAACACUGAGCAUUGCUGUCUGGAGGAGCAUCUGUCUGUGCCCUGGGUUCUGUGCUGUGCUAAGCAGUGCUGGGAGGGGGUGGUCACACACACGGUGCAGUCGGGACGAGGCCCAGUGCUGGCUGUGCCUCUGGGGGAUGGGAUGUGGAGG